GUCCGAAUGUGCGCGCACUACACGAGUGUGCUGGUGUUUCAAAAGCAAAAGAACGGCUUUUCGCGGCCUAGCGAUUGAAGCAUUCUAUUAUUAGUAUUUGCCGGGGACACUCUAGUUGGGGCAACCAAGCGGUAGCUGUGGUCAACGCCACCGUUUUUGCUCGCCUCUGUUGUUGCCUAGCGGUUCGGGAGGUUCUCUGUGUUGUGGCGUACUUGUCAAAUUUUGUAUAUACAUACAUAUAGUCGGUCUUGUUUCGAUGAAAGCCAUAUUCUUGCUACCACGGCCUUUUUAUUCGUUUCCUUUUUUUCCAAUCGCACGAUAAUUGUUUAAUCCGCUGAUGUCCGUAACAGCUGUGUCUGCUGCACUGCGCGACGCACUCGAGAAAGGUGAUGUGAUAGAGCUCGAGCAGGCGCUUGUGGCGGCCGAGGACGCAAUGCACGCCUCACCACACGCGCGCAAGGCAUCAUCGUCGCUCGGAAACCUGAUCGCGCGCGCCAAGGACAUGUACCUGGUGCACAUGGAAGCCUGCCGACGCUACGUGAAGCCGCUGCGGAAGGCGUGCAAGGAGCUGAACGAGCGUGGCAUUUUCGAAGCCCUCGUGCAGGCCCGCGGUGCGCCCGAUGAGGUGCAGCUGUGCAUGUACACCGACCUGUGCAACGCGGAGACACUGCGGCACGAACUUGUCGAGGCGCAAAAGGUGGCCGUGCAGCUGCUGGACGCCACGAGCUCCGACGACAUCGACAACUUCCUCUCCGAUUGCUCCCCUUUUCUAGAAGAUCGCACCAUCUUGGUGUUGGUGCAGAGGCGCGAGGACCUGUUGCGCGAAGAGAAGCGCCGACAGGCAGGUCGCAUGACGCCUCUGCGCAGCGCUUCCCGCGGGAUGGGCGGCAGUGCCCAACGAGGCCGCCGUGACCCCUUAGAGGACAUGGGCCGCUACGAACUGGAGGACGCAGGGACGUCGCCGGUCAACGGGCCCCCACGAAGCGCAGCACCGUAUGAUGCAGGCACGACGAUAACGAGCAGUGCCAGCCGUCGAAUGACAGAGGGCGGACGGCGCGCCGGUACACCGCUGGCCCACGCAGUACCGCGCAACUCCGGCGUGGGGUCAGAGGCCUACCCGACCAUUCGGUACGCGAUGGACACGGCGCGCGACAGUGGCCUGCAGCGUGUGAUGGCAGAGGGUUCCUCGCCGUGGAUGCAGGCGAUGCGCACCUUGCGGCAACAGGCCUAUGAGGAGGUGGAGCGGGAAGAAAAAGCUACGCGACGGAGGGUGGAGGAUGUGGAGGUGGACGGUCGUGCGCGGCUGUACCGGGCGGAGAUGCUGGGACGGGUGCAGUGCUGGGCCGACGCAACGCUAUUGGGUGAGAAGCACCCCAACGGCACUUUCAGCGGUGACGAUGAAACGACAGUGGGAGGAGAAGCAAAAGCACAGAACAGCACAAGACAAGAAAAGGAAACGGAAAUGCGGGCUUCCGCGGCAGCCCCGUCGACUGCACCCAAGCCUGAAACCUCGCGGGUCCGUCUACCACUGUCCGCUGCGGCGCCUGCAGCGUCCUCCGUUCCUGUUAGCAGCAUCAACCAUCAGGCUGGCAACACCCCCACACGGGUCUACUCUCACUCGCUGUCCGCCUACUCACUGCGACCACCACCACCACCGCAGCUGUUUCUCCGGACACCCCUCAACAGAACUCCGCGGUCCGGCGACGCUGAAGAGGCGACACCCGCGGAAGGCGCCAUCCUCGGCAGGGCCUUGCGCGCUCAACUGGCUUCGGCGCCGCGCGGCUCUCGGGUGCCGCAUUCUAGCAGUGCUGCAGCGCAGAGCACGCCGCGUAUGUCGCGCGACACGCCGAACAUCUCACCCAUCAAAGAAACGAGUACCACCAGCGGAGGGGCCUCCGUGUGGGAUCAGGACCCGCUCUUCCACCGCGGUGAAGCGAAACCGGGCUGGGGAGACGGACCGGAAGGACGUACGACGCCGCGCCGUCGCGACUCCAAAAGCAGCGCCGGCACCAACACCCCGUCGGUCACUUCUUUUCCCGCAGAUGCCUCGCCGACGUUAGCGCUGCGCCGCAUUCAGGCACGUCUGCGUGCGGUGCUGCAGGAGGAGGAUAUCCAUCGUCGCGACAUCGAGGGCACCGAGGAUUUUGACCGAAGUGUUUUUCUGUUUCCCGUGUCGGCGCGUAUUGCGAUGUUGCGACGAACGACGGCGAAUCGCCUACGGAUGUAG